AUGGCGUCGGGAGGUCCCGACCGUGAGAGUGGCGACGAUGCUAGGGCAGAGGACUUGGCUAUACUGAAAAGCUUUCCCCCCCGCACGUUGGGCACGCUACUGGAGCAGCGUGAGAUCAUCCUGCGCUACGCAGCCACCUCUCCCGGCAUCGUGGCAGUGUGCUUCUGCAUGGCCUAUGUGGUCAUGCAGAGUCUGGCCAUCCCGGGGACCCUGGUGCUGAGCGUCCUGGCGGGGGCCAUCUAUGGGCACUGGAGGGGCUGGGCUCUGGUCUCGGGCAUCAGCACGCUGGGCGCGCUGUCCUGCUACACGCUGUCCCUGCUCAUCGGCAGGCCCAUCGUGCGCGCGCUGUGGCCGCUGCGCACCGAGCGCUUUGCGGCGGAAGUCGCCGCCCGCCGCGGCCAGCUCCUCCCCUACGUCAUCUUCCUGCGCGUCACUCCCCUCCUCCCCAACACCUUCAUCAAUGUGGCCUCGCCCCUGGCCGGCGUCCCCGUCUGGCCCUUCUCCCUUGGCACGCUGCUGGGGUGCAUGCCCAACAACUUUGUGGCAGUGGGUGCCGGAACGCGCCUAUCCAGCAUGAACUCCCUUGCAGAUCUUUACGACGCCCGGGCAAUCCUCCUGGGCCUGGGACUGUCUCAGACCGUCGAGGAGCUUGCCGUGGGGAAAGAACAGGAGGGCGCCUUCCUAUUCUGGUACUAUGUCGCUAUGGUGGUCUUCCUCAUCCUCAUGGCGGGCCUCAUGUCUGGCCUAACCCUGGGCCUCAUGUCCCUGGACAGCGUGGACCUGGAGAUCCUACGUAGAACGGGGACACCCUCCCAGCAGGCCUCCGCCGCGGCCAUUAUGCCGCUGCUGCGCAACCCGCACCGCCUGCUGGUGACACUGCUUCUGGGCAACAGUCUGGCGGCCGAGGCGCUGCCCCUGUACCUGGACCGCCUGGCCAACCCCAUCACCGCCGUGAUCGUCUCCGUCACGGUGGUGCUCAUCUUCGGCGAGAUCAUCCCACAGGCGGUGUGCUCCAGCUACGGGCUGGAGGCCGGGGCCGCCGCCGCGCCCUUCGUCCACGUCUUCAUGUUCCUCUGCGCGCCCCUGGCCUGGCCCAUCGGCUGGGUGCUGGACCGCCUGCUGGGCGCGCACCGCACCGCGCUGUUCAAGCGCGCGCAGCUCAAGGCGCUGGUGGACAUCCACCACGAGGGCCAGACCUUUGGCGGCCAGCUCAGCUCCGACGAGGUGGGCAUCAUCAAAGGCGCGCUGGACCUGACCUCCAAGACCGCGGAUCAGGCCAUGACACCCCUGGACCUGGUGUUCAUGCUGUCGUCCGAUGCGGUGCUAGACGCCGACACCCAGACCGCCAUCCUGGCCUCGGGCCACUCCCGCAUCCCCGUCUUCAGGGCGGGAAACAGGAACCACAUUCUGGGCAUUGCUCUGGCCAAGGAGCUGGUGCAGCUGAGCGGGUCGGAGACCCGGCUGGUGGGGGAGCUGAAGAUCAGAUCCCUGCCCUACCUCCUGGCCAGUGCGUCGCUGUUCAUCGGGUGGCGGGGGGCCAGCCAGGCGGCAGGCGAGAACCGGGACAAGGACUUGUUCGUCGACUGGCAGCUGUCGGAACUGGAGCCUGUGGGGAUCAUCACCAUCGAGGAUGUGCUGGAGGAGCUGCUCCAGUUUGAGAUCGUGGACGAGACAGACCAGUACGUGGACAACAUGCACAGCAUGCGGGUGAAUGCGCGCGCGCUGGCCAGCUCGCUGCCCCUGCAUCUGCGCCGCAUGCUGACCUCGCGCCAGGUGCUGCCGCGCAUCGGCGCCGCCAGCGAGCUGGACACGCUGGCGCGGGGCGGGGCGGGGCCCCGCGCCCCCGCGCGCGGCAGCCUGAACCUGCCGGUGCUGUCGCUGUCGGCGCCCUCGGGCCUGCUGGAGGCCAUGACCUCGGGCGAGCUGGCGGCCGCAGAGCUGGGGUUCGAGGCGGGGCGGCAGCUGGGCACGGUGACGGAGGGGGCGGAUGGCGGCAGGAGCUUGGCGGAGCAGAGGCCUGGCACGGCCAAGCGCUCGAGCGGGGAGUCGGGUGACGGCGAGGCGGCGUCCAUCCCCGCCGCGGCCGCCGCACAGGCCCGCACGGGGGGCGGUCCCGUGUCAAAUGCAGAGGGGCCCCAGACUCCGCGCGCCGAGGCUUCCAAUGGGCCGAGCAGCGCCGCCCAGGACAACGCCAGAGCCAGGGACGGCCCCGCCGGGGUUCGGGACCAGCUGGACCUCAUCGCGCCCCUGCUGCGCCAGGAGGGCGGCGGCGGGGCGCCCAAGGCGUGA